UUAUGUGCCACUAACAAAUUCCAUUUCCUGAAUAAGACUACAAACCCGUAUAUAUAUGAACCUGCAUGAUAUCGAAUACUUUGUACAGAAAAUGAAGGACACGUAUUGAACUAUUCGAGAAAUUAAUAAGAACAAGCACCAUUUAAACUAGUACUAGUAGAUUGAGAUGAAAAUAAACCUUGUUAUACUGUGUUUGUUAGCCCUGCUUUUGAUUACUUCAAUCUUAUCAGUUGAAGCAAGAACUAGGAAUGAAGAAGAGAAGAGAAGAAGUCAAAGGAGAAGCAGGGGCGUAGGAAGAAGUAGAAGAAGCAGUGGCAGAAGAAGAUCAAGAGGAGGGUCUUCAUCACCAUCAUCGGGUUGUGAUCCUUUAUAUUCAUACCUCUUUGGAAAUUGUGGUCAAUGGCCUUUCCCUCGUAAUUCUCCAAACAACCCAUUUCAACGACCAAUUUCCCCUUCUCCCUCGCCUCGCCGCCCAACUCCACCUCUCCGUCCUCCGUUAAUUCCCUCUCCUCCACCAGCAGUUCUACCGCCACCACUUAUCGCUUCUCCACCACCACUCGUUCCUACACCUCCAACAGUAACACCUUCACCUCCAAUAGUAACUCCAUCUCCUCCACCGGUCGUUACACCAUCACCAUCACCUCCACCAGUUGUUUCCUCUCCUCCGCUAGUCGUAACGCCAUCACCACCACCCGUAGUCGCUUCUCCGCCUCCAUCACCACCACCGGCCUCCCCUCCAGCUUCCCCACCACCAGCCUCCCCUCCAGCUUCCCCACCACCGGCCUCCCCACCUCCUCCUUUAUUUCCAUCUCCGCCACCACCGUCUUCUCCACCACCACCUUUAGUUCCAUCUCCACCUCCACCAGAAUCUCCACCAUUUAUAAUCUUCCCACCACCACUAGUGUCUUCGCCACCUCCACCAGAUGAUCCUGUCUUCCCUUGGUUGUCCCCUCCUGACCCUGACGACACUCCCAAUUUCCCACUAGUUUCUCCUCCACCAUUAGUACCCAAUUUCCCAAUCCCAACACCUGAUCAACCACCAGAUUUUCCACCAGAAACUCCACUUGUCCCCAUAUUUUCUCCACCACAACAAGAUUUUCCUCCACCUACACCACUUGUCCCCAUAUUUUCUCCGCCAGCUACACCACUUGUCCCGAUUUUUCCACCAUCAGACGAUCCACCAGUGAUUCCUGAUCAACCACCAAAUAGUUUUUUGCCGUCUCCAUUGAUUCCUGAUCAACCACCAGAUAUUUUUCGGCCAUCGCCGGUGGUUCCGGAUCAACCACCAAGUAGUUUUCUGCCGUCUCCAUUGAUUCCUGAUCAACCACCAAGUAAUUUUCUGCCGUCACCGGUGGUUCCUGAUCAACCUGCACCAUUCAAUUUCCUUCCUUCACCAGUAAUACCUGAUCAACCACCAGAAACUUUUGUCCCUUCACCGGUGGUCCCAGAUCAACCUCCUGUUGUUUUCAUGGCACCACCAUUGGUUCCUGAUGUACCAGAAAGUUCAGUAUUACCACAACAACCCUUCGUAUCAGCACCACCAGUACAACAGGAAGCGCCACCAGUUGAAGUUAUUCCGCCAUUUGAGCUACCGCCUCAGCCAGACUCGCCACCAUUUACCUAAUAGUUAAUGGAUCACCAUCUCCAUUUUAAAGUUGAUGGACGCUGCUCCACAAUUGAAACUGCAUGUUUUUAAUUUCCGUUAUCACUUUUUUUUUCUUUUUUCUUUUUUUCUUUUCUCAAUUGUAGUUAUGUGCACAUUAUAUUUAUAACAUGAUCUUUUAAGCCAUCAGCUCAUGAAUCUACAUUAAUUCGUUUCACUUUGCAAAUUGCAAAUCCUGAACAGAUUAAAACAACUAGGAGUAAGUUAACUUUAUAUAAUUUAUAGUGUGACCGUGAAUUUAU